AUGAUUCCGGUACAAGCUUCAGAAGUUGAUAAUGGAGUUAUCAGCUUCUGUAGCAGUAUUGUGGGCCUGGUCAAGAGCAAUAUGGAGCUCAUGGGUCGAAAAAUACCUCAUUGUAAUCUUCCCCUUUAUCUGAAAAUCACAAAUGCACAUCAUGACCUUAAGCUGGAAAAUGUCCUUUUGGACCUGGACGGCAAUGUCAAGCUGUCUGACUUUGGCCUUUGCAUCUGCCAAGACCAACGAGAGUCCAGCAAUGUCUUCAGUGGAACAGUUGCUUACUCCUCCCCCGAGGUUUUAACGGGGAGGGAAUAUGAUGCAUUCAAGCUAGACAUCUGGAGUUUGGGGGUCAUCCUCUAUUCUCUGGUGUGUGGCUCCUUCCCCUUUAACGACUUCAGCAUCAACCAAAUGGUUCAGCUGCAGAAACAUCACAUCCUUCCAUUUCCUGAGUCCAUCAACUCAGAGUGCAAGGAUCUUAUCCUGCAAAUGUGCCAGCCGGAUGUUGCUGGAAGGCCCACUCUUCGAGGUUGCCAUAAAAGUCACAGACAAAGUUCGAGCUGUGUCUGCAAUGAGACGUUUGCUCUAAAGACUGUGAAACAUCCCAACAUUGUUGAUGUCUACGCAGUGUUUGAAACUGAUAAGCACACUUUUACUGUGAUGGAGCUGGCCGAGGGGAAACCUCCUGGACCUGCUUGCACAGGAAAGUAG